CUUCAAUCAUCUCAUACACAGCAAUUUGGCACGUUCAUAUCAUCACGGACGAUGAUAAUGAAAACAUUAUAAAGAAAACAAAAAAAACUUAGAGAUUCCGUUGGUCUAUAUAAAGAGGACGCAAUAGUUUUAACGUACUUCAUCACUAAACCAAACGGAGAACUCUAAACCCCAAAGAUGGGGAUUCUUCACAAACAAAACCUCUCCUUUGUGAUACUUCUCCUCCUUGGUUUCUGCGCCGUCUCUUACGCUUGUGACUGUAGUGACCCUCCAAAAUCAUCUCCACACCCCGUUAAACCUCCUCAACAUCCCGUUAAACCGCCUAAACCACCCACUGUCAAACCACCACAUCACACUCCAAAACCACCCACUGUCAAGCCACCACAUCACACUCCAAAACCACCCACUGUCAAGCCACCUCAUCACACUCCAAAACCACCCACCGUCAAACCACCUCAUCACACUCCAAAACCACCCACCGUUAAACCACCUCAUCAUACCCCAAAACCACCCACCGUUAAACCACCUCAUCACACUCCCAAACCACCCACCGACAAGCCACCUCAUCACACCCCAAAGCCGCCCACCGUCAAGCCUCCAACUCCGUACACUCCAUGCCCUCCACCUUACACUCCAAAACCACCCACCGUCAAGCCACCACCUCCGUACACUCCAUCCCCUCCACCUUACACUCCAAAACCGCCCACCAUCAAGCCACCACCUCCAUACACUCCAUCCCCUACGCCUUCUCCUCCACCGCCAACUCCAACCCCACCAGUCGUAACCCCGCCACCACCGCCAACUCCAACCCCAGAGACGCCAUGUCCGCCACCGCCACCUCCACCAAUUCCGUGUCCUCCUCCACCUCCGGCACUAACGCCUGAACCGGAGACGUGCUCCAUCGACGCACUGAAGCUAGGCGCGUGUGUGGACGUGCUUGGCGGCUUGAUUCACAUCGGACUAGGAAAAAGCUAUGCAAAGGCAACUUGUUGCCCAGUUCUUGGCGGUUUAGUGGGUCUUGACGCAGCGGUCUGUCUUUGCACCACCAUUAGAGCCAAGCUUCUCAACAUCGACCUCAUUAUUCCCAUUGCUCUUGAGCUUCUCGUCGACUGUGGCAAGACUCCACCUCGUGACUUCAAGUGUCCUGCUCCACAGAAAAAGACUCCUCUCUUGGCUUGAUCUUUUUGUGUUUCUUUUCAUACAGUAAAAAAUGGUUGAGAUCUCAAGAUCUAGGUUCUUCUAGAUGUUUUAACGAUUACGGAAACAGGGAUUAAGAAGGAUCGAAGUUUUGUUAUUGCUCUUAUAUUAAAAAAGAAAACUUUAUGUAACUGUAACGUGAUUGUUUGGAUAAUGUUAUAUGAAAUCUAAAUUUUAAAGGGA